AUGACAAACUCGAAAUUGACCGGCAGACAGCUCUACGACAAGCUUGGGCGUCCGAAAAAGGUGGUGGCACCGAUGGUGGACGGUUCCGAGCUUGCAUGGCGGAUGAUAUCCAGGAAGUACGGCGCAGACCUAUGCUACUCUCCCAUGCUUCAUUCUCGACUUUUUGCGACGGACGAAAAGUACCGCGAGAAGAUGUUUGGGCCGAUGGACGGCUCCGAAGUGGACAGGCCGCUGAUCGUGCAGUUCUGCGCAAACGACCCAGACUACCUUCUUCAGGCCGCCAGGCACGUUGAGGACAGAUGCGAUGCCGUGGACCUGAACCUGGGGUGUCCUCAGGGAAUCGCGCGCAAGGGCCACUACGGGUCCUUUCUGAUGGAGGACUGGGAUCUGAUCUCGAAACUUAUCAACACCCUGCACAGAAACCUCAAAAUCCCGGUCACAGCCAAAAUCAGGGUUUACGACGACUGGGAAAAGAGCCUCGCGUACGCGAAGAUGUGUUUGGACGCAGGCGCGCAGUUUCUAACUGUCCACGGGCGGACGCGUGAGAUGAAGGGCCAGAAGACCGGGUUCGCGAACUGGAAGCUCGUGAAGUACCUUAGAGACAACCUGCCUCCAGAGACCGUCUUCUUGAGCAACGGGAACAUUCUGUAUCCAGAAGACAUUGACCGAUGCGUGAGAGAGGUCGGCUGCGACGCAGUGAUGUCUGCGGAGGGCAACCUGUACAAUCCAGGCGUUUUCUGGACACAGACCGAGGACAUCGAGAAACAGUUCCCGCGAAUAGACCGGUUUGUGCGCGAGUACUAUGACGUGGUUGCUCGGUGCGAGGGGUCGGAGAGCCGUCGCUGUUUCAAGUCGCACUUGUUCAAGUCGCUGCGCAACUUUUUGAGCAUUCACACGGACGUUCGUGCCGAGGUGGCGAAACUGAGCAGAAACUCGUCGCUGGAGGAGCUUGAGACUGUUGUAAAGAUGAUAGAGGACGUGGUGGCGAAGAUAUAUGAGCAGGACAACAUUGCGGAGCUCGACCGGGUACGUGUUGGCGAGAUCGAGAACUGGGGCGGCCGCUACAGAGAGGUGCCGUACUGGCGGCUGCAGCCGUAUUUCCGGCGCGUGGACGGCAAGGACGGCAGGGAGGUGAUACAGGACAGCAUGAAGCGCGUGAUGGAGAGCGACGAGCGGGUCAAGAGACAGAAACAUGAUGACGGUAGAUAG